AGUCACAUAAGGACACAUAUAUAGUGGCUGAUCAGACCAACUACACACAAGGAAACACUACUGACUAAAUUACCAACAAAAUAAAUCAGGGCAAUCAGAUAGUCAGUAUAAAUAAAUCCUUCUUCUAGCCUAACAAAAUAAUUCAGUAAACUAAUAUAACCCAAAGCAUUACUAAACUCUAAACUAAAUCCUCAAAUCCCCCCAUGAUGUGGCCGGCACUUGGUUUGGCCCAAUUGGCCACUUCCUUAAAAAAGGGCUGUGCUUCCUGGGGGUGGAUCCUUUUGCCCAAGCCUCUUAGGAAGCCCCUGGGCUGCAACAGCACCCUUUGCACUGCGAUACGGUCACUCAUGUUGUGUCAGAGAACAGCCAGGCUUUGUCACUGUGGACAUGGCUGAGGGGCUGCGAUCUGAAGAAUCUACCCAGCGUGCACGUGUUGGACAUCAGCUGGUUCACUGACAGCAUGAGAGAGGGGAGACCUGUUGCUGUGGAGACCAGACAUCUUGUUCAGGACACUGUGCCAGUACUUCCAGAAUGUUCUAUACCCACUCCUGAGGUCAAAGUUUCCCAAUACGCCUGCCAGAGACGGACAAACACGGAAAACUAUAACACGAUUUUCACAGAUGCGUUUGAAGUUUUGGCACUGAGCUAUGAAUUCAGUGAGAUUGAAGGUCAGUGUCAGGCCUUCAGGAGAGCUGCUUCAGUCCUGAAGAGUCUGCCCAGCGCGGUGCGGCGUCUGGGAGAGGUUCAGGAUCUGCCCUGCUUUGGAGAACAUACUAUAGGGAUCAUAGAGGAUAUUCUUCAAUAUGGCCAUUCGUUUGAGGUAGAGAAAAUACUGUCUGAUGAAAGGUAUCAAACAAUGAAGCUGUUCACAAGUGUGUUUGGGGUUGGACCGAAGACGGCGGAGAAGUGGUACCGCAGUGGGCUGCGCUCAUUCAGCGACAUUCUGACAGAGCCCGACAUUCAUCUGAACCCGAUGCAACAAACUGGUUUUCUGCAUUAUGAAGACAUCUCCAGGGCUGUCAGUAAGGCAGAGGCCCUAGCCCUUGGGAACAUUAUUGACGAAGCUGUCCAUGCGAUCACACCGGACGCCUUAACGACACUGACAGGUGGCUUUCGAAGGGGGAAGGAGUUUGGUCAUGAUGUAGACUUCAUUGUGACCACACCAGAGCCCGGGAGGGAGAAGAGUCUGUUACCUGACAUUAUCGACAGAUUUAAACAAGAUGGCAUUUUGCUGUAUUGUGAUUAUCAGGCUUCCACCUUUGAUGUGUCCAAUCUCCCCAGCCUCAGGUUUGAGGCUAUGGAUCACUUUGCAAAGUGCUUCCUGAUCUUGAGGCUGAAGGCAAACAAAGUGGAGGGAGGUCUCAACAGUGCAGAGGAAGACGACAGGGGCUGGCGGGCUGUGCGUGUGGACCUGGUGUCACCGCCUAUGGAUCGUUAUGCUUUCGCUCUGCUGGGCUGGACCGGCUCCAGGCAAUUUGAGAGAGACCUGAGGAGGUUUGCUCGAAUAGAGCGUCGGAUGCUUUUGGACAACCAUACCCUGUACGACAAAACUAAGAACAAGCUCCUGGCAGCUACGACUGAAAAGGACAUCUUUGCCCAUCUGGGUCUCGAGUACCUCGAGCCUUGGCAGAGAAAUGCAUAGGCCUCUGCUCCUCCCUGACUGGAUGAUACCCGCAGCGUACAUGAGUGUUUGUCCUGUCUGCCUACUCUGCUGUGAUUCGCUUUCAAACUGCUUUUUAAUUCCAAACAGUAAAGCGUUGUUGUUGCCAUUACAUUUUUUGUUGUCAUAUGGAUUACAUGCCGCUGUAUGAUUCAUAAUUCCUCUUAUUCACUAUUGUCUGUUGUAAACACUCCUUCACCAUUCCGUCUUGCCUGCCAUGGUCAGAACACAAAGACAAAUCAGUCAAGAGUAUGAAUCCUCUGGGGAGCCUGCGAGGUGCAAGAGAGAGAGGGAGAGUGUGAAAGAAACGCAGAGGGAAGCAAAAGAGGGUGACCAUGAAGAGAAAGGAGGGAGAAGACAGGAAGCUAUGAGGAAAGUGAGGGGGAGGGGAGCUUUUGUACAGCAAAAUGUUGUAAUCACCCUCCUCCUGGCAGGAAAGUGCUCGGCAUGAAGCUGAGCCAGGUCUCCGGGGAAUUGAGAGGCGGGUAAUGAGCUUCAGAUAGAGGAGCGUUUGGCGUCGCCAUUUAGCCUCCAUUUAAACCUACGUCCACUGGAGAUCAUUUAGCUGGCAUUCUGCUAUCCAAAGACCCAUAGCCUCCGCUCUUGUUCCACAAUGAGUCCCCUUCCCCAGAUGCUCGGCUGAAAUUAGAGGCACUCAGCUGCACCGGGAAAUUAGGAAGAAUUCAGACGGAAGGUAAAUGAGUCCACUAACCACACGGAUGGAUCUUGGCAUUCAAAGCGACUCUGGCUCCAGUGCAUAAAACAUCCAUUAUCUUAUUGCUUUGACUUUGGCUUAUGUUUUAUGU